GCCUAGCAACCCAGACCCAAACAACGAGGCAGAGGAGCCUCCAGAAUCCCUGUCGGACAACGAAUCGUACAGCAGCACCGUGGUUGCCUCCAAAGAGGUGGCUGCGGCUUUUGCCUCCGCCAAGGCCCGGCUCGCCAGGCUUAAGCCGGUAAAGGAGGCUGGAACCAGCGAUGACUGA